CAACCCGCUUCUGAGUUUCUGAGUCAUCAUUAGACACGUGUUUCUAUCCGUUGUGCUUUUAAAAACCCUAGCCCUAACCCCCAAAAGAAAACACUCCGUUUUCAAAUUUCGAAAUUGGCGCUCUGCUACGAAUCCAUCUUCUUCUCCAACUUCCAUUUCACCGAUCAAAUUCAAUUCAAUGGGUGCCAAUCACAGUCGCGAAGAUCUGUUGGAAUCUUCCGAUUCAGAGCAAGAGGAGCAUGAAACCUUCGAAGACGCCACCGAAGGAAGCGCCGAACGGAAACCGUCAACGCCGUCAUCCCUCGAUGACGUGGAGGCCAAACUCAAAGCCCUGAAACUCAAAUACUCCUCCAACUCCACCCCCGCCGUCAAUAACGCCGUCAAGCUCUACGUCCACAUCGGCGGCAACACCCCCAAAGCCAAAUGGGUAACUUCCGAAAAACUCACCUCUUAUUCAUUCGUCAAAACCCACUCCGACACCGACACAGACGAUGAAAACAACGACUCUGACAACGACAACGACGACUACGUCGAAACAAACGAAAAGCCUUUCUGGGUUUUAAAAGUCGGUUCGAAAAUCCGAUCAAAGGUGGGCCCGGAGAUGGGACUGAAGAGCUUCCCCGAGCAGCGGCGCGUGGACUUCGUUGCGCGUGGCGUCUGGGCGAUGAAGUUCUUCACCGACCAAGACCAGAUCGACUUCAUCGAUUCCUUCCAGAAGUGUCUCUUCGAGAACACGCACGGCGUCGAGGCCACGGAGGCGAACAAGCUCAAAGUCUAUGGCAAGGAUUUCGUGGCGUGGGCGAAACCCGAAGCCGCCGAUGAUUCCAUGUGGGAGGACGCAGAGGAAGUCUUCACCAAGAGCCCCACACCGGUUAGGUCAAACCAAGACCUAAAAGAGGAGUUCGAAGAAGCCUCCAACGGUGGAAUUCAGAGCCUUGCGUUGGGGGCUUUGGACAACAGUUUCUUGGUGAGUGAUAAUGGGAUUCAGGUUGUGAAGAAUUUCGCACAUGGGAUUCACGGGAAGGGUGCUUUUGUGAAUUUCAGUGAUGGGUAUCAAAAUGGGGGUGGGGGUUCUACCUAUUGUACCCCUAAGAAGACACUUCUGAUGAGGGCUGAGACCAACAUGCUUCUGAUGAGCCCAAUGGGUGGUGGGAAGCUUCACUCAACGGGUCUUCAUCAGCUUGAUAUUGAGACAGGGAAGGUUGUGAGUGAGUGGAUGUUUGGGAAGGAUGGGACUGAAAUUACGAUGAGGGAUAUUACGAAUGAUAGCAAAGGGGCUCAGUUGGAUCCUUCUGGGUCAACUUUUCUAGGGUUGGAUGAUAACAGGCUUUGUAGGUGGGAUAUGAGGGAUCGUAAUGGGAUGGUUCAGAACUUGGCUGAUUCAAAUGCCCCUGUGUUGAAUUGGGCACAAGGGCAUCAGUUCUCGAGGGGGACUAACUUUCAGUGCUUUGCCACUACUGGUGAUGGGUCCAUUGUUGUGGGGUCUUUGGAUGGGAAGAUAAGGCUGUAUUCGGUGAACACAAUGAGGCAGGCGAAGACGGCAUUUCCUGGCCUUGGAUCGCCGGUUACUCAUGUUGAUGUAACCUUUGAUGGAAAGUGGAUUGUGGGUACUACUGAUUCCUACUUGAUUCUUAUCUGUACCCUCUUUACUGACAAAAAUGGAACGACGAAGACUGGGUUUGCUGGACGGAUGGGGAAUAGGAUUGCUGCUCCCAGGUUGCUGAAGCUCAACCCUCUUGAUUCACAUUUGGCUGGAGCAAAUAACAAGUUCCGCAAUGCUCAGUUUUCGUGGGUGACAGAGAAUGGGAAACAGGAGCGGCAUAUAGUAGCCACUGUGGGGAAGUUCAGUGUGAUAUGGAACUUCCAACAAGUCAAGGAUGGUUCUCAUGAGUGCUACCGUAACCAACAGGGUCUAAAGAGCUGCUUCUGCUACAAGAUAGUCCUUAGGGAUGAUUCCAUUGUUGAGAGCCGAUUUAUGCAUGACAAGUUUGCAGUCACUGAUUCUCCUGAGGCUCCAUUGGUGAUAGCCACCCCAAUGAAAGUUAGCUCAUUCAGCAUAUCUAGCAAGCGAUGAUACACAGCCAGUUGCUCUUUUAGCUUCAUCAAUAUCAUUUCAUAUGUUUCUUUUGAAGACUUUUUAGUUGUAUGUAGAAUAUUUGAAGGUGUAGCUGAUAUUAAUAUCAUUUCAGAUAUUAAUUAAGCAUUUUAAAACACAGGGAAAUCAGUGUGAUGGUUGUCUAAUUGUACCAGCAUGUUCAGUUAUCUCAAGAUAAUAUUAGUUGGUCCAAGAAUUGUAUCA